UUGGAGCUCAAACUCAAUCGCCACUGAUCCCAACGAACCGGAAAGCACUGAAAAAAAAAACCCAAUCCAUUUUUUCAUCAUGACUGUACCACCAAAUCAAGAUGAAGCGAUGACCACUUAUUUCAAUUCACCUGCAUUGGAUGUCUCCCUUGCUUUUCCACAGGCAACUCCGGCCUCGACAUUUCCUCCCUGCACUUCCGACUCUUAUCAAUCUAAUGAUCUAUUGACGCCUGAGGAGUAGGCUAUCAGGAUGAAAGUAGGACAGGCUGUAGAGAAAGAAGUCGCUCCAAUCAUGGCAAAGUAUUGGGAAAAGGCUCCAUUUCAUAUUAUUCCAAAGCUCGGUGCCUUGCGAAUUGCUGGGGGCACAAUCAAGGGCUAUGGGUGUCCUGGUCUCUCUGUUACAGCAAGUGCUAUUGCUACAGAAGAAGUUGCUAGGGUUGAUGCUACAUGUUCGACUUUCAUCCUAGUGCAUUCAUCACUAGCCAUGCUCACUAUUGCAUUAUGUGGAUCAGAGGCUCAAAAGCAGAAGUAUCUACCGUCUUUGGCUGAGUUAAAAACCACAGCAAGAAAGGUGGAAGGAGGUUGGAUUCUUGACGGCCAAAAGCGCUGGAUUGGAAACGCUACCUUUUCUGAUGUGCUGGUUAUUUUUGCUAGGAAUACAACAACAAAUCAGAUCAAGGGAUAUAUAGUAAACAAGAAUGUCCCUGGACUGAAAGCGACAAAAAUAGAAAAGAAAAUUGGUUUGCGUAUGGUCCAAAAUGGAGAUAUUUUGUUAAAUCAAGUUUUUGUCCCUGAUGAGGAUAGGUUACCUGGUGUUAAUUCUUUUCAGGAUACCAGCAAGGUACUUGCUGUUUCCCGCGUCAUGGUUGCAUGCUGGCAACCUAUUGGUAUAUCUAUGGGUGUCUAUGAUAUGUGCCACAGGUAUCUGAAGGAGAGAAAAAAAAUUCAGAGCACCCUAGCAGCUUUUCAAAUCAACCAAGAGAAACUUAUUCAUAUGCUGGGUAAUGUUCAAGCCAUGAUACUUAUAGGUUGGCGCCUCUGCAAGUUGUAUGAGGCAGAUAAAAUGACUCCAGGUCAGGCUAGCAUGGGCAAGUCAUGGAUCACUGUGAAAGCAAGGCAAACAGUUGCUCCAGGGAGGGAAUUACUUGGUUCUCUGACAUUUCAUUUCACCUUGCAGGCUUUCUGUGAUUUGGAACCCAUCUACACCUACGAAAGGGACAUCAAUAGCCUUGUCACAGGCCGGGAAAUCACUGGAGUUGCCAGCUUCAAACCAGCUGCAUUGAGCAAACAAAGGCGCCUGUAGCAGCAUUACUUUUGUAGAUCUCAACUCUGGAAUACAAAGUGUUAUCUUGACAA